UUUCAAAUAUAUGAUCUAAUGUCUACACUAAUCAGAAAAAAACUAUCAUGAUACAAAACAAAAUCAUUAACAAGCUUGCUGACAAAUAUGUAAAACAUAAUAUUAGUAUACAGACACGUGUCAACGUUAUAUUUUAGAUACAUUUCUAGGUAUUGACUAUGUCAGAAAUAGUAAAUAGUUGAAGGGGAUUUUUUUGUAAUAUACUAGUACAUUAAAUUGUAACAGGAUACGUACACAGUCGAUUUUACCGGUUGUUUCUAAAAUUUUCAACAUGGCAGUAUUCAUAGUUGGAAAAUACAACAUCAUUUAUUCCUUAUUAUGUUUUUCAACAUUCUUUGUUUUUACUGUGUGCGAAAAUGUACAUGGACAUUUAAAGCCUCUUGGUCAUCACAGAAAAUCUCUUGGAGGGGUUACCAUAUUGAAGGAAUUUCCAUCUCCUACAGACUUUUAUGAAAAUUACAUUGCCAAAAGUGUACCGUUUAUUGUGAAAGGUGUUCUAGAAAACGGACAAUUUCCAGCAUACAAGUUAUGGACUGACCAAUACUUAGAGAAGGAAUAUGGAAGCCUUUUUGUGGAUGUGGAAGGAGGCAAGAAAGAGGACCGUAAAGCACAGGCUUACACAAUGCCCAUGUCAAAGUUCCUUCAGAUAUACAACCAAUCAAAUGUAUACAUGGUUCAUGACGUUGCUAAUGAAAUGAAAGCUGAUAUAACAAUACCAGUAUCUCUACAAUGUGGAGGUUUCGAAAAGGCUAUAAAAUCCGUUAUAAUGUGGUUCAGCAGUGGCGGAACAAGGUCCGUUCUCCAUAAUGAUGGACUCGACAACAUCAACUGUUUACUGGAUGGAAACAAAGACUUGAUCAUGUUUCAUAAGAAAUACAAACCUGAGAUUGAAGCGGAUCAUUUCGUGCACUAUGGUGCCUAUAGUAGUGUUGAUGUCGAGGCUGUGGACAUGGAGAAAUUUCCUAAGCUACGUGACUUACCAUGGUAUAUGGCAAACAUUACCAAAGGAGAUUGUCUGUUUAUACCAUAUCAAUGGUACCAUCAAGUGUAUUCUCAUUCCGGGCGUAAUUUGGCUAUUAACAUUUGGUCUAACCAUCUUCGUUGGUUUGACAAAACCGCAUGCAAAGAAAGUGAAAACAAACUCAAACCAAAACCAUUGAACAGUUUAGAGUUAAAGAAUGACGAAGAAUCAUCUCUAAACGACGAAAUACGAGAUAUGUUUUUGGAUGCAUUGGACGAACUUACAAAUGCCAAUUUUGGAGAAUUUGCAGGUAGAAUCAGAAAGAUUACUGUAAAGGAAAUACCAGACGAUGCCCUAACUAAGAUGUUUGAUAUAAUUGACAAUGAUAAGAAUGGUAUGUUAACGAUGGGUGAAUUUCACACCUGUGAUUAUGCUGAAAUGUUUGAACAAAUGCCAGAUUUUGAAUCCUUUUUUACGAACAAUGACCAAGAUGCUCUUGCCAGUAAUAAUGACCAGCCUGACAACAACUAUUACACUAAAGAACCAAUGAGGAUAGAGAUGGAAGAUGACGUCAGUUUCCUUUUAAAUCCUAAAAAAUCACUCGAAUUAACAUUGAAUGACGAAAAUAUUCAAGAAGAAACAAAUGAUCAAAUUAAAAAUACGGUCAGAGAAGAACUAUAACAGAAAGACACCUUCUAACUAUUCGAUUUAAUGGUUUAAUAUUUUUCCCUUUUUAUAAAAGUCGCUGAAUUUGUUCCAUUUUUCCUUUUUAUAAAAGAAUUACUCGCUAUGUCUUCUGAAUAAAUUAUAAGCAUGUAUACAACUGCCAAAGUUUGUGAUUAGGUCACCAAUGCGAACCAUAAAUCCAUGUGCUAAGUUUAUUUAAUAACAAGCAUAUUUAUUCUUAACCUCACUUAUUAAAAUCGUCAUCUUUU